UCUCCAGGCGCUGGUGCGGGAGGGUGUACUCCGCUUCUCCUCCUCUCAUUACUCUUAAAAAAAAAUCUUGUGUAUACAAAUCGAGUGAUUUUUAAGGUUUAAUGAACUUUAGGAACAGACUCUGUUGGUGGUAGAAAUUUAUAUUAUUGAGAAACAUCGAAGGAUAAUUUAUAUUUUGAAGAGUGACUUCCAUGUGGGUCUUAAUUUAAAGGCGCUGGAUGCCACCUACGGGUUUAGCGACGCAACCCACACCGGUCGACUAACACCAGGCAACGUCACCUGCCGGAUCCAGUGAUGUCUACCGAAACAGCCACCAUAGAAGCAGCGUGAGAAUUACUAUCACAGUAGUAAAACUUGCACUGACACCCUAUAGCACAUCUCAACACGUAUAAUCAUGAAGAGGUUCAGAAGUGUCAGCCUGUGCUUCUUGUGUUUAGCUGUUUGUGUCUUGGGAUCCAAUGCAGAGGGUGAGCAGUUUGAUGAACCGGAGAACUAUGACUACAGCUAUGGUGAUUACAGGUACCAAUAUGAAGGUGAACCUCCUGCCGCACCACAACUACAUGCUGAGAGCCAUGUUGCUGAUCCAACUCAUCUUGUAGAUGAACCAAGAGGUGAAGAGCUGCCCUUGUGUUGUCCCCCAAACACAGUGUAUGAUGUCUACCACAACUGCACAGGUGUUCCUGAAGGCUGGACCUGGAAACCUUUUCUUUCUGGAGAACCCCAUGCACUGUUUACCUACAAGGGGUUCCCCAAGUGCAAGCUGAGUGAACCAGUAUCCAUAUACCAAAAGGAGGUGUUUUUUAAUGAUGGAGAUGCUUUUGUGCCAAAUUACAUCCAGCUAGAUCAUAUUCCACGGUCAAAGUACUGUGUUACCAAGGUGUAUGACAGCACCUCUCCAGAAGAUUGUGAAAUUCACCAGACAAAAGUUUUUGUAUGUCUUGAGAAGAAACAGCCUGAACCAGGACUCUACUGGACGGGAGUGGCUGUGGCUCAUCUGCUCCUUUUCUUAACUCUGCUUGCUUUCUUUUUUAUAAGGGAUCUUCGAUCAUUACAGGGUCAGUACAUGAUCUGCUUCAUCAUAUCGCUUCUGCUGUACAACAUCUGUCUGCUACCAGGAUCAGUACUCACUCUAGAUAUCAGCUUUGUGUCAUGUGUAUCCCUAGGGGCUGUAAAAUACUUCUUUUUCUGUGGAGUGAUGCUGUGGUUCAAUGUGAUCUGUUUUGAUAUUUGGAGAACUUUAAAAAAUCGCCAAGAUGUUGGCUCUAGAAAGCGUUUCCUAUUGUACUCUGUGUACACCUGGGUUGUUGGAGCAGUGUUGACGACGGUUGUCCUGGUCACGCCAUAUGCAACCGGCAAGGAUCGUGAUAGCAGCCUCAUGGAGCUUGUCCCAGAUGUUUGUAAAUUAAAAACCGAUAUUAACAUAAUCUUGCAGUUAGUAGAGACGUUAUUGAUGAUAGUGAACUUCAUCUUCAUUAUAUUGGCAACUGCAAAUACUUGCAAGUAUCCAAAGUUUGGAAAUGGUCUCCCACGAUGUGAAGCAACUCUCAGUUUGAAACAAGGAUGGAAAUUGUUCAUCAUCAUGAUCGGCCACACACUUAUUGAUGUUCCUGAUGACAUAAUGGAAAUAAGAGUUGUUGAUUUGUGGCGAUAUGUAUUGGUAGAGUCACUAGCCAUCUUUGCAGUAUUUGCAUACAGAAAGACUGUGCUAAAAGCAGUGUACCGUUGUUUCUGUCGAGCACCUUGUUAUCAUCCUGAUGAAGAAAGGUCUUCAGUACAAGAGAAAGACCAACUUACAACAAUGCAUUAGUCAUGAAAUUUGAGCUUUAAAAGGUUGUAAAUCGUGGAACAUAUUACCAUAGUUUGUCUUUGCACAAAAAACAUGUGGUGAAAAGAUCAGUUUCUUUCAUAUGCAUGAAAAUAGUCAGCAAUUUUUUAUUCCAUCAUUGCUGGAGUUUUGUAUCUUGCACACAAACCACGAUGCUAGCUGUGUCACUGUGCACAGCUCGAAGAAUAUAAAAGUAAAGUACUGUACAAAAUAUCAGUUGAAAAUUUUUAUUGCAAGUCAUACACUUGCAGCCUGGAUAUACAUUAUUAUUUAUAGAAAAGCACUAAACUAGUAUGAGUCAUUCAGCACUAUGCCUGGAUGUACAGAAAAUGUAAUUAGUGCCUUUCAUUACUGUUUUUGUACAGGUUUUUCUCCAUCUGUACAUUAUAGCCAAGUUGUUAUUCUUGAUUAUUUGCAGUUGCGAGAAAAGGCCCAUAUUUAGAGCCAAGGUGUAUCUAAUCUUUAUUAUUAUUUAUUAAAAAUAUAUAAUGUAUAUUUUAGGAUUUGGCAUUGAAAUUGACUGGGGGAAUACUGUCAUUAGUUAUAGAAGUUGAUUCUCAUAAAACUGCAAAUCCAACAUGACCUUAUUGGUGCUCACUUGUGCCAGAACAUGUAUAAAGUAAGAAUGUAGAUGCACAGGGUUGUAAUAAUACCACAUAUAAAAUGGUCUCUCUACAGUAGGAUGAAUCUGCUGAUCAUUUUUAAUGUAAAAAAAUAAUAAUUUUUGUAUGUGUAACUGUGGUACUAAUUGUAUACUUUCAUGAAUGAAUGAAUGCCUUAAAAAUGCUCAACUUUAUUUUAGAUUAGAGCAGUGCUCUUAUCUAUAUAUUUUAAAUAUACAUUAUUUUGACUACAACCUAUGUAUAGUCCAAGGUUAAUUUUUUUUUAGUUGUAAUUGUUAAUCAUCAUUUUAUUCUGUUUGCUGAUGUAUGAGAGUUUUCUUGUUUAGUGAAAGCUGAAUUAAUUUUUUCUCUGCUUUUAUAACAUUGUACUGAUCAACUGAUGCAAGAAACUUGCUCACUACUUCACACUGGACACAAGACUACACAUAAUUAGUUCUCUGGGGUGCCAUAUAUCAAUUAAUAAGUGGAACUGAGACUUACAAAACAAGCCUUACCACUGGCUCCUUCCUUACACGAGGACUUAGAGACGAUGCGACACAUUAGGUAGGUUGCUCUCUCAUGAUGUUUUGCCGGACACUUGCCUUUAUUAUUUAUAGUACGAGUGACAGUUUUGCAUCUGAAAGUAUUCAGGGUGUUGAAAUGGUACUUGAUUAGAACUGUUAUGAUAGAUUUAAAAAUGCAAGAAUUUAAGGAUUUAGUUUCUUUUUAUUUUUUUAUUAUUUUUAUCGUUAGUAUUAGUAGUAAAAACCUCGAUUUAAUGGACACCAGCGUAACUUACAUGUACUUUGGAUUUAAAGGACAAAAUUUCUGGAAGUUCAGAAACAAUAAGGUCCAUUAAAUUCACAAUUGUCAGUUAUUAUUACAGUCAGCUGGGCAAAUUGAUUUUGGAUUUAACAAUGUUUAAUUCAGAAUUGUUGGUUAUUGUUAUGGUCUACAGAGUAAAUUGAUUUUGAAUUUAAUUGGCAUAGUCUGCCAGAUACAGAAGGGUCUAUCGUUGUUUUAAUUAUAGAAAAACAAUCUUAUCAGUCUGAUUUAACAGACAUUUGGCAUUACUUGACUGCCAGACCAUUACGAGCGUAAUGGUCUGAGAAUCGGCAUUACAAGACACAUCCUACUCCCUAUUAGUCUGUUAAAUCGAAGUUUUACCACAUUAUUAUACGAUAUUCACAAAAACAACUGAACCUAAAUGUGAUUCAGAGCUGAAUUUUUGUUAAUAAUAAAGCUUUGUGAUAUAAUUUUAAGUAAAGUCAUUAGUAACUAUUGUAGUGAAAUUCUGACUAAUUUUUUUUCAGUAUAUUAUCGCUUUGGUUUCACAUUAAUUAUCAAAUAACAGAGUUCUAUGUGCCUUCCAUGUCUGUUGAGAAAUAAAUUUUCCAGCUGGAGAAAGUAUGCAUUCCAUAGGAGUAUCAAAUUAAUAUUUUACAAAAAAUACUAUCUUGAAUGGUCAUGUUAACUAGAUGUUUCCAGCUACUCAAAACCUGUUUUCAAAUGCAUUUGCACCUAACCCACAAAUUGGAGAUAAAACCAUUUAAUGUGCCUGUCCUCAACCAUUAUUAUUUUAAUAUUGGUCCAGGAUGAAUGAAUUAUUGUAAUCAUGGGGGAGAGGUAAACCCGUAGGAUUAUACAGCGCCUGUAGGGGGGGGGGGAGGUAUUCAGGCUUAAUUUAAGAAACUGGAGCACAGAUCGAAUUCCCUAGAUCAAGAGCCCCUCAACAGCAUCAAAGAACCUCCCUUGACGGGCCAGGAUGAAUGAAAAUGCGUAGUUUCAUCUCCAAUACGUGGAUUAUUUGUGAAUUGUUCCAGCAACAGUAUUGUGACUUAUUCUUCGAAAUGCAUUUACUGUGUUUUAUUUGUUAUACUUUUGUUAUGUAGUGAGGUUUACAUUAGAGUUCCUAGCUGUUAAUUCUUUGAUGUUUUACCAUCAGAAACUAUUUUUACACAUGCCUGAUGGUCAGAGAUUGAAUGUUGGUAUUAUAUAGGCACCUUAUAAAAUGCUGUGUAAAAGUAAUUUUUAUAAUGUGUAUUUUUAUUGUACCAUUAACAUUUGCAUACAUGGUAUUAAAAGACUGUUAUGUUCA